AUGCCUUCGGCGAAGAAACGGAAGGAGGACACGGCGGCCACGCCCCCUUCGUCGGAGAAAGGAGGUGGCAGCACUCGCACCUCCCCAGCCCGGUCGCCCUCGCGAGGCCAGGGGAGACAUCAUCGGGAGGAGUCAGCCCCCGUGGCCCCGCUGGCUCCGGAAGUGCCGGCACCUGUCUCGGCCGAUGAGGUCCUAGAGGCUCUGGAGCCCUUGAUCUCCCAUGCCCAGGUAACGACAUCGCCCCCUCCUUCUGCCGCGCUCCUGGCUCCAAGUCCUUCUGCUUCCUCCAUCGCCCUGGAGCGCUUUCUUUCCGAUAUGGCUCGGCUGCGAGAAGAUCUUCUGGGCGCGGACCCGCGCCUGGCCGCGGCGUCCUCCGAGAAGGAGAAGCAGAGCGCCAUCAAAGUCGCGGCUGAUCGCGAUGCGGCAUUGAAGGACGCUGAGGCCGCCUGCGGCCGCUGUCAAGAGUUGGAGGACGAGUUGAAGCGUCUGCGCGACCAACACGCAGAAGAAGCACGCGACCGCCAGGUGAAGGAGGAAGAGAUGAGGGCCUGGGAGGACGCCAUCAAGAACCGUGACACCGAUUUGGAGGAGCUGGAGAAGGCGCAGGCUGCUGAGCGCAGCCGGCUGGAGGAGUUGGAGCGGGAGGCGAAGGCGAAGGAGGCCGAUCUUGACGCCAAGACGAAAGUUCUGGCUGAGGACCGCGCGGCCUUUGUUGAUCUUGAGGAGAGCUGCGUUGACCCCAGCGCUCGUCUUGACGAGCUGCUGGAGCCUGUGGCUGAUGAACACUGCACAGCUGCCGCUGCUGCCAUGCAAGGUCAGGUGGAGGCCUUGCUGAAGAAGUUCUGUGGCUUUGAUUCCGCGCCCUCGACCGGGGGCGACACUACCAUGGGAGGAGUGCCGCCCGCGGGCAUCGACGGUGCUCAGGGGUGA